GAUGUUUUCUACUAUCAUCAUCAAUAGACCGUUCAGUCAAAGACAUCUACCCAUCAACAAAGAGAUGUCAAAGACCAACCUAUGAUGCAGGAGCUCAAAGACCCGUCAACAAAGAGAUGUCUUAGACCAGCCUAUGAUGCAGGAUCUCAAAGACAUCUACCCGUCAACGAAGAGAUGUCAAAGACCAACCUAUGAUGCAGGAGCUCAAAGACCCGUCAAUAAAGAGAUGUCUGAGACCAGCCUAUGAUGCAGGAUCUCAAAGACAUCUACCCGUCAACAAAGAGAUGUCAAAGACCAACCUAUGAUGCAGGAGCUCAAAGACCCGUCAAUAAAGAGAUGUCUAAGACCAGCCUAUGAUGCAGGAGCUCAAAGACAUCUACCCGUCAACAAAGAGAUGUCAAAGACCAACCUAUGAUGCAGGAGCUCAAAGACCCGUCAAUAAAGAGAUGUCUAAGACCAGCCUAUGAUGCAGGAUCUCAAAGACUUCUACCCGUCACCAAAGAGAUGUCUUAGACCAGCCUAUGAUGCAGGAGCUCAAAGACAUCUACCUAUCAACAUAGAGAUGUCAAGACCAGCCGAUGAUGCAGGAGCUCAAAGACAUCUACCCAUCAACAAAGAGAUGUCUAAGACCAGCCUAUAAUGCAGAAGCUACACUACCCAGCAAAAGAAAAUGUUCUGCGUCUCCGAAGACAUCAGCAAGUAGACGUCCAAGACCAGCCUACGUUGAAGGAGCUACACUCUCCAGCAGAAGAGACGGAGAUAAAGGGAAUAGUUUCCUGAAAAGAAGUACAGAAUGGAAUCACAACUACUUAUGUCAUCAAGGAUACUCGGGGAGUAAAGGAGAGCAACUCAUAUUAAACAUCGCUAUCGUCAAAACAUCUAAACUGCAAGCAAUUAUGGAUGUAACAACCGCGUUUGUUGUCUUCAACAGUAAGGUAUUUUAAAUGUGAUUAUUAACUGAAAUGUAUUCAGAACCCUGCACCAAGCCAUUUGGCACGGUCUCCAAGAAAUGAGCACAUCAUCCCGAUUCUUUGCGGUCUCCACUGGCUGCCGAUCAAGGACCAUUAUUGUGUUCAAACCAAUCUCGCUCUUGCAUGUAUCUCUGAACUUAUAACCUGAACUUAUACCCUUGUAUACACCUCCUCGUUGUCUUUCGCUCAUCAUCACAGUGUCUACUGUAAGGUCCCCACAGAGUCUCUACUUCGCAUUAUGGGGUUUGAUGCUGCUCCAACCUUAUGGAAUGGUCUUCCUCUUAUUGUUCGCCAAGCUACU